AUGUUCUACACAAUGUAUCUUGAUGGCCUUUGCAAGCGCCGACACUGGCCACAGCCCAUGUUCCAACCUUCGGUCACACGUCAUGGUUACACCUGUGUCGUCCGCGUCAACAACCGCGAAUACAGCACCGACGGCCAACACUACACCACCGAAGCACUUGCUCGCGACGCCGCCGCCACACGCGCCUACAUGAUCUGCCGCAACUUCUCAGUAAACGACGGCAUGUAUCCAGGCCAAAAGCCAGGCUCAGGCACAGUUCAAGGCCUCCCCGUAGCCAUUGGCUCAGGCCGCAAAAACAUCAGUGUCUCCACCUCCAGCCCCAAUGAUCAAAGAAGACGAUUGGGUGAAUUGAGAGAAGAGGACGAAGAUGAAAGCAGCAGUUGGACUUCUGGUGGUUCCAGCCCCAGGAGCGUGGAUUCCGCUGUUGCUGGGAUUAGGGCCGGUGCUGUCAAGACUCAUCAUCAUGUCAGACAGACUGCUUGUGCUUGUCGUCGCGCACCGGUUUUGCAGCAUUAUCCUCGUUGCCAGUAUUGUCUUCGCGAUGCUGGAUGGAUGUCUUUCUAA